GUGCCAACGUGCGCGGACGCCGCCGCCGCCGCCGCUGGAGUCCGCCGGGCAGAGCCGGCCGCGGAGCCCGGAGCAGGCGGAGGGAAGUGCCCCUAGGACCCGCUCGGCCAGCGGCGCUGCACAGAGCGGCGGAACGAGGAGCAGCGAGAGGAGGAGGAGGGGAGAGCGGCUCGUCCACGCGCCCUGCGCCGCCGCGGGCCCGGGAAGGCAGCGAGGAGCCGGCGCCCCCCGCGCCCCGCGGUCGCCCUGGAGUAAUUUCGGAUGCCCAGCCGUGGCCGCCUUCCCCAGUAGACCCGGGAGAGGAGUUGCGGCCAACUUGUGUGCCUUUCUUCCGCCCCGGUGGGAGCCGGCGCUGCGCGAAGGGCUCUCCCGGCGGCUCAUGCUGCCGGCCCUGCGCCUCCCCAGCCUCGGGUGAGCCGCCUCCGGAGAGACUGGGGAGCGCGGCGGCGCCGCGGGCUCAGCGUGCUCUCCUCCGGGGACGCGGGACGAAUCAGCAGCCCCGGGCGCGCGCCGGAGGCAUGGAGCGCUGCCCCAGCCUGGGGGUCACCCUCUACGCCCUGGUGGUGGUCCUGGGGCUGCGGGCGACACCGGCCGGCGGCCAGCACUAUCUCCACAUCCGCCCGGCGCCCAGCGACAACCUGCCCCUGGUGGACCUCAUCGAACACCCAGACCCUAUCUUUGACCCCAAGGAGAAGGAUCUGAACGAGACGCUGCUGCGCUCGCUGCUCGGGGGCCACUACGACCCGGGCUUCAUGGCCACCUCGCCCCCCGAGGACCGGCCCGGCGGGGGCGGGGGUGCGGCUGGGGGUGCGGAGGACCUGGCGGAGCUGGACCAGCUGCUGCGGCAGCGGCCGUCGGGGGCCAUGCCGAGCGAGAUCAAAGGGCUGGAGUUCUCCGAGGGCUUGGCCCAGGGCAAGAAGCAGCGCCUGAGCAAGAAGCUGCGGAGGAAGUUACAGAUGUGGCUGUGGUCGCAGACCUUCUGCCCCGUGCUGUACGCGUGGAACGACCUGGGCAACCGCUUUUGGCCGCGCUACGUGAAGGUGGGCAGCUGCUUCAGUAAGCGCUCGUGCUCCGUGCCCGAGGGCAUGGUGUGCAAGCCGUCCAAGUCCGUGCACCUCACGGUGCUGCGGUGGCGCUGUCAGCGGCGCGGGGGCCAGCGCUGCGGCUGGAUUCCCAUCCAGUACCCCAUCAUUUCCGAGUGCAAGUGCUCCUGCUAGAACUCAGGGGCCCCCUGCCCGCACCCGAACACUUGAUGGAUCCCCACCGACGCCCCCUGCACCGCCUCCAACCAGUUCCACCACCCUCUAGCGAG